AUGGAACGGCCUCCAGCGUAUCAACCAGUAUGUCGAGAGGAUGAGGAUGAGUCAUUAGCACAAUUAGAAGAGAAGGACGGUAUCGCAUGGAACGCGAACAGUACCGAGAUUAUUCCUACGAAUACUCGCAGUUUUGUCGUCUUUCUGUCAAUCAUGCUGCUGUCGCUCUCGGCGAAUGUAUUGUUGGUAAUGGACAAUGGGAAGCUGCGCAUCUCGCGCGAUACUGGGAAGACGGCGUAUACUGGUCUCACUUUCGAUACUCCUCUUCCUUACCACGCUAUGUCGGAAUAUUGGAAUCCAAACAUUAGCGACAGCGACAUGGAAGCAGCAUGGGACGCUAUAGAUACCAACGCUAUGGCGGUUUCCCUUCAUGACGACUACGCGAAUAGCGUUGGCCUUCCUCCCUCCACACCGUUCCCGUGGGAUACUGAGCGUAGUAUCUACUAUGUAAAGGGUAUUCACGAUUUACACUGCUUGAAACUCAUCCGAAAAGCCAUUGUCUCAAAACAUAAUGGCAAUGACCAGGCUUUCAAUCUCCACCACAUUUACCACUGUCUAGAUGGCAUCCGACAAGACAUCAUGUGUGCCGCGGAUGACACGCCCAUGCCGGCCCCUGUAGCGCAUCAUGUUGGCGAGGGUCAAAUUCGACAAUGUCGAGACUGGAACAAGCUCAUAGCGUGGGCCAGACGUCCUGACCAACAUGCUUGCUAUGACUUCGACGAUUACCGUGAAGCUACAAACACCCUCGAACUUUUUGCAUUCUGUCCUCCAGAAUCCCCCUACCGUCCAUUUCAGCAAGCUUACUUCGAGUUCCAUGGGCAUAAAGACCCAUACGAGCCGAAAGAAACCAGAGAGCAAGUUGUGAUCUUCUAG